AUGGCCGCCAUCGGAAAGCCGGAGGUGUCAGAGCACGGCGAGGUGUUCAAGACUCGCCCCUACGUGGAUGGUGCCAAGACCUUGAUUGGUGGCCAGGUGAAGCCUUGGCCGGGCAUCUUCUCCGAGAUCUUUUCCCCGGUCUACUGCUCGGAGACCGGGGAGCGCAUCUGCAUAGGCCGACAGGCCACGAUGUCACCCAAGGAGUCGGUCCAGGCGGUGCAGGCGGCCGCGAAGGCCUGGGACCUCGGCCGGGGCGAGUGGCCCCGGAAGACCCUGGAGCAGCGCGUGGCGGCGGUGGAGAAGCUCAUGGGAAGGUUGAAGGAGAUCAGGGAAAAGAUUGUCACGGUCUUGCAGUGGGAGAUCUGCAAGAACGAUGCCGAUGCGGCGAAGGAGUUCGAUCGCACCAUUGACUUCAUCCAGGCCCUGAUCGCGACAGCUCGGAGGAUGGACUCGACUGGCCCAGUCUGCCAGGAAGGAGUGCAUGCUCUGCUGAAGCGCUCUCCAGUGGGCGUCAUGAUGAACAUGGGUCCGUCCAACUAUCCCUUCAAUGAGACCUACGCCACGUUGAUCCCCGCACUGCUCAUCGGGGACUCUGUGGUCAUGAAGGUGCCAAAUACUGGCGGCCUUGCACAUUUCCUGACGAUGGAGGCCUAUGCCGAGUGCUUCCCUGCCGGUGUAGUGAACUUCGUCUCCGGCCGUGGCCGCGACACGAUGCCGCCCUGCAUGGAGUCUGGGCUGGUGGACAUCUUCGCCUUCAUCGGCUCGUCGAAGGCGGCGGAUGCGCUUGUCAAGGCACACCCGCAGCCACAUCGCUUGAAAAACCUCCUGUCCCUGGAUGCGAAGAACUUGGCCAUCGUGAUGCCAGACGCGGACCUUGAUCUUGCGGUCAAGGAAUGCCUCGCAGGCAGCACAUCCUUCAACGGCCAGCGAUGCACAGCCAUCAAGCUCAUCAUGCCCCAUCGGAGUAUCGCCGAGAAGUUCAACCAGAAGUUCUGCGCAGCCAUUGCAGGUCUGUCAGUGGGCCUUCCCUUCGGAAAGAACAACGUCACUCCGAUGGCGUGCACGGGCACGGACUUCCUGAAGCAGUUGACUGAGGAUGCCGUGGCGAAAGGGGCCCACGUGCUGAACGCUGGAUCCGGCGGUGCGCACUGCGACCGAACGCUCUUUGCACCGACGGUCCUUUACCCUGUGACCGCGGAGAUGCAGUUGUGGACGGCCGAACAGUUCGGCCCUGUGAUCCCCAUUGCCCCGUACGACAGCAUCCAGGAGCCCAUCGAAUGGCUUAGAAAGAUGCAUUUUGGCCAGCAGACCGCCAUUUUCACCUCGCAGGACGGGGGCGCCCCGCCCUCUGCCGAGUUCGCAGAGCUCUUGGAUAUGUGUGCGCUCUGCACCUGCCGGGUGAACAUCAACGCGCAAUGCCAGCGUGGACCAGAUGUGUAUCCCUUUGCCGGCCGCCGCUCUUCUGCGAUGGGAACCAUCUCGGUGGAGGAGGUGCUGCGAGCUGUUAGCGUGGACACCAUGAUUGCCUGCAAGAAUCCAGAGGUCCUGAGGCGUGCCACGCAGGGCUCGAGUGUCUUCGCACGCUUUUGA